GACCUCAACAAUAGACUUCACCAGGAUAUGACGUAACGCAUUCUUUACACUAAAUCACUCAUUUAAAAGAAAACAAGUAGGUAAACCGAAAUAUUUUCUUUUCAAUUACUCCGUAGCUGAGGCCGGUGGAAAGUACUGGUGAGAGUAGACAUAUACACACGAAUACAUGCAAACAUCUCUUCACACACAUACUCUCUCUCUCUCUCUGUCGCACACACCCACAUUUGCAUAUAUACAUAUAUAUAUUACGAGAGAGAGGAAUGAAACUUAAGAUGUUUUCGCCUAGAACUCGAUAAAUUAAUUAUUAUAAUGUUGACCAAUUAUUGUGAGGACUAUUUAAUCGACUAUUAUGAAAAUAAGACCAUCCUGCAUUCUAUAUAACCUAAGUUUUCCUUGCUGUAACACCAGUAAACAAACAUACAUAACUACAACUACUUAUUGUAAAUAAGCUAACUAAACGGAGACGCAUUUACUGUUUAAUUUACUUGUCACAAAUAACGUGAAAAUCUCUCAUUUUUCAUAACGUGCGCUAAUACUAUUUUGCAAAAAUUUCUGGAAGCAAAGGCAAGCUUAACACGGCUGGGUAGCCUUUAAUUUUAGGUUCUCUAGAUUAAAACUGAUCUGAGGAUAAACAACACGAACAACAAAUAUUUUCACAGACUUAUAAUAGAAUGAACUCUACGGACUUCCAGAAUUUUGCCAAUGAUAUGGCACACUAUUCAGGGUAUCCAUUGAUUAUAAUCGGGGUGUUAGGAAAUAUUCUCUGUAUUUUCGUCCUAUUUCGACCCAAGAUGAAAGAAUCAAACAUUAGAAUCUAUUUAAUAGGACUUUCUUUUAACGAUAUCGGUGUUUUCGUCAUUUUAAUGAUUGACAAAUGGCUUAGACAUUCGUAUGGAAUCCAAUUACGAUUAAAAUCGCUAUUUGCUUGUAAACUACUGCCGUUUCUGGAUAAAUUCGUAUUGGAAACGUCAUCUUUGAUCGUACUGUUGAUCUCAAUUGAAAGGAUGGUUGCUAUCAUUUUUCCUAUUAGAUAUCAUAAUCUAAAAUGUAAACACCAACGAGUCGCGCUGUGUAUUCUUUUCUUUAUUCUAGUCGCUUUUAAUUCACCUAUUCUAUAUUUCUACUCAUUGAAUCAUUCUAAAUGCUACGAUUCUGCACCACAAAACUACAUCAAAAUUAAAUACAUCAUCUUUUACAUUUUCUACUGGAUUUUACCUGUCAUUGGACUGUUGAUUACUAACGGGAUUAUAUUAUAUUGUUUGAGAAAACGCGCUGGCUCGGUUAAUAUAAAGGCGAAACAACAAACUUUUUUGAAAUUAAAGCAAAAAGUUAAAGAAGGACUUUAUUUACUUUUUAUGAUCAGCAUUUUGUUCUUGCUGUGCACAAGUCCAUUUGCAAUAUGUGGGAUAGUGAUUACAACAUACAAAGGGGACAGGAAUACAACAUAUGCCAAAAAUGUAAUCGCUGUCUAUGUAUUGGCACAUUUCUUUUCCUAUUUCAAUAAUGCUUUGAACUUUGCUGUCUACAUGCUGGCAUCUUCAAACUUUCGGCAAGAAUUAAAAGCUUUUCUAAGAAUUAAAACCAAAUGAAGAAAGCAUCGUCAUUUAUACAAUAUAUUCAUGAUUGUGGAUUAGUACAAGAAACUAUCGCAGACACAUCUAGGAAUGUUUGGGACUGGUCAAAAUAAUAUAACAGAAAUAUGGAAUGCUUCUGAUAUAAACAACAUUGUAAAGAGACAUGCAUUGAAUUUAAAACCAAAUAACUCCAGAAGAAUUGAACAUCAUAUAUGACGAUAUAAUUACUAAUCGUCAUGCAAUUGAAAAUUUGAGGGUGAUGUCGUUUAACCAAGGACGAUUAUAAAUUUGACGGAGACAUUGAGUCUCUCCUAAAAUAUUUCUGGCAUUGAAAUUAUUGUAUCCAUUGGUAUAAAAAUCAAAUCAUACAAGUAUUAUUGGUUCUGCUGUAUCUAUGAGUCAGGCCAACCUGACACCAGGGCAAGAUGCAUCGAACCAAACCACCAUCUACUAACUUUUUCCAUAAAUGUGUUUUUUAUUCCCCCGCACUGUGAAAUCAAUAUUCUUCUGGAUUAUAUCGUAAAUUCACUAUCAUAUUUUUAAGUGUAUUUCAGGUGCUACACCAAAAUCAAAAAUUUCAAAAAUAUAUAUUUUUUAAUACUUUAUAUACAUAUAUGCGAGCACGCGUGUGAGAUGUACGUAAUGCAAACAAUAUUAUAUACAUAAAACAACUUGCAUUAAUGAAUGUAUUGUUAAAAGUCGGAGAAAACACAUAAUGAUACACACGCACACAUGUGCAAGCAAACAUUGUUCAUAUAUACGUACAUACAUACAUACAGACAGACAGACAGACAGACAGACAGACAGACAGAUAGACAGACAGGCAGACAGACAGACAUAAUUAUAUGUGUGUGUGUGUGUGCUUGUGCGUAUAUACUGUAUUUGUAUUCAUGUUAUACUCAGACGAACUGAUGCUUUAACUCUCAUAAACUAUAUUGUAAUUAGUAUCUUGAGUUAAAUAUUCUUCACCCCUCGUGCAUUUGCUUCCAAGCAACUGUAUAUAUAUUCAAUUUCAUUUUUGCUUAAUUAUUCAUUUAAUGAUCUAAAAUAUUCAUGUUUGUUGUCUUACUUUAAUAUUGUAAACAAGUACAUUAUACGCUGCAUAGUUAUCACCAGAUAGUUUAUCCAUGCAAAUAAAAAUGGGCAUGGUGGUGUUUUUGUUACACAUGAUUUGUCCUAAAAACUGCUAAACUUAUCUAAGUUAUCUAACAUAUAGGAAGGAAUGACGAAAAGGGUUCCAAAUGCGUUUUUUAUUGUUGAAUAAACCGACUACAUAAUGAUAAUAAAAAAGUUUUCUGCCAGUGAAUUAAUAAUCAAAAGUUUAACAUUAGAUUCAGAUAGAAUAACAAGAUGAGGAAUGAGUGUGGUGCUUCUCAUUUUCGAAACAAAUAAAAAGGAUAUUUAAUAUCUUGGUAUCUUUCAAAAAA